CAUUCUGCUCUUGCAUUGUGUUCUGCGCAGGGACAUGAGAGGCCUUUCUUCUCUGGCUUCUAGGGCUUCACCUGUAAUACGAAACCUCUCAGAAGAGCUCACCAAUCAGACCAAACAAAACAGAGAAAACCCUUCAAAUUCCAAAUCUUUCACACCUCUUCACCACAAACCCACUGGUAAUAACACUCUAGUUCCUUUUAGAGGUAAGUCUUCAUUGAACCCUCAACUUAUUACAAACCCCAACUUGUCUCCUAGUUCUAACACUACUAUUUCAGCUAAUAAACAGAGGGUUCAUUUAAAACCAAUCGAUCAUCAUUACAUUUCUCAGAUUUUAUCAAGAAAAGACUGGUUUUUGUUGCUAAACCACGAGUUUAAAGCGAAGAGGAUUGGUUUGGAUGCUCAGUCAAUUGUGAGUGUUUUGCAAAAUCAAGAAAAUCCAUUGCACCCUUUAAGAUUUUACAUCUGGGUUUCGAAUAUCAAUCCUUUAGCCGCGAAGAACCAGUCGAUUCGGGGGGUUUUAGCGAAUUCCCUUUAUCGAAGAGGGCCGGUUUUGUUGUCGGUUGAGUUGAUUCAAGACAUUCGAAACUCUGGGUGUGUGGUUACAGAAGAUUUGCUUUGUAUUUUGAUUGGUAGUUGGGGGAGAUUAGGUCUAGCUAAGUAUUGUGCUGAGGUUUUUGGGCAGAUUUCAUACUUGGGUCUUAAUCCAACUACUAGAUUGUAUAAUGCGGUCAUUGAUGCGUUGGUGAAAUCCAAUUCGCUUGAUUUGGCUUAUUUGAAAUUCCAACAGAUGCCUGCUGAUAACUGCAGUCCUGAUAGGUAUACAUAUAAUUUCCUCAUUCAUGGAGUUUGCAAGGUUGGGGUAGUGGAUGAGGCGCUACGAUUGGUGAAACAGAUGGAGAGUUUGGGAUACGCGCCUAAUGUAAUUACUUAUACGAUGCUUGUUGACGGGUUUUGUAAUGCGAAAAAGGUUGAUGAAGCGUUUAAGCUAUUUGAGAAAAUGAAAGAGAGGAAUGUACAUCCAAAUGAAGCUACCUACAGAUCUUUAGUUAAUGGAGUGUUUCGUUGUUUGUCGCCACACAAGGCAUUUGAAUUGUUGUCUAAGUUUGUGGAGAGAAAGCCUAUCUUGCCUAAAGUGGCUUGUGAUGCUAUACUGCAUUGUCUUUGUAGCAAUUCUUUGCCGCGAGAGGUAGCCUCAUUUUUUAGGAAAAUUGAGGGGAGAGGUUAUUUGCCUGACAGUUCAACUUUUAACAUCGUAAUGACUUGUUUGAUUAACGGAUUGGACCUUGAGGAGGCAUGUGAUAUACUAGAUAGUUUGACCGAGAAAGGUUUGAAACUCGGCUUUAAUACUUACCUUGCACUUACUGAGAUUUUAUACAAGGUUGGAAGAGUAGUGGAAGGGGAUUGGUAUUUAAAUCAGAUGCUCCGGGAUGGACUUGUGCCAAAUGUCUUUUCAUAUAACAUGAUAAUUGAUUGCUUCUCCAAAGCUAAAAUGAUUGACAGAGCAUCAGAAACUUUCAGAGAGAUGUGUCAAAGGGGUAUUGCUCCGAAUCUUGUUACUUUGAACACCCUUAUUAGUGGGUAUUGCAAGGCUGGGGAGGUUGGUAAGGCACGAGAGCUGUUGGAGAUGCUCUUACAGCAUGGUUUUAAGCCUGAUAUUUUCACUUUCAGCUCAAUAAUUGACGGCCUUUGUCGGGUACACAAAAUCGAGGAUGCUUUCGAUUGUUUCUCAGAAAUGGUGGAGUGGGGAGUCACUCCAAAUGCUAUUACAUACAAUAUCUUAAUCCGUUCAUUGUGCAUCAUUGGUGAUGUUGCUAGAUCGAUGAAACUUCUGAAAAAGAUGCAAGCUGAUGGAAUAAGCCCAGAUGUUUUCUCUUUUAAUGCUCUCAUCCAAAGUUAUUGUAAAAUGAAUAAGAUUGAAAAAGCACAGAAAGUUCUUGUAACCAUGUUGAGAUUAGAUUUGACUCCAGACAAUUUUACUUAUAGUGCUUUUAUUAAGGUUCUUUGUGAAUCAGGGAGAUUUGAUGAAGCUAAAAACUUGUUUUUCUCAAUGGAGGGAAAUGGGUGCACCCCGGAUGCUUAUACGUGCAACACAUUUAUUGAUGCUCUAGUCCAGUCAGCUCACCUUGAGGAGGCAUGGGGCAUAGUGAAGAAAUAUGAAAAGAAGGGAAUUGUAUUGAAACCCAUCCCUGUUUUGUAGUAUAAGGGUUUCUUUCAGAUUGUUAAAAGUUAUUACUGAUUUACGAGUUUCAGCUGACUUGUGGAGUUUUGGCUUUGGCUAAUGUGUUGCCUGCUGUAUUCUAGAAUCAAGUACAUCUUAGUGUCUGGUUCUAAACAGCUUGAAUGGGUCAAGAACUGCUUUUCUCAGUGUGCCAAAAUUGGAUUUGGAAGAAACAAGUAGCCAGCUCAAUAGAAAUCAUUAGUGAAUAAUGCUCAAAAGCUGGUUUUUUUUUUUGCAUAGAAGAGCACAUUGAUGAGUUCUUUCACACAAACACAGAUUCAAAGAUUAUCCCUUGAUUUUCAAGAAGACACAUUAUCUUACAUUAUUUUGCUAUUAUGGCAAUGGGACUACUUUUGUGAUGACGAUUCUUUCUCAUUUUUGGUCUGAGUGAUGGCAGUUUUUUGACUUAACAUUGUAUGGAGAACGAAAUGGAGCAAAGUUGUUUUUAUUGGACAUACCUCCUGAUUGUUUGUAACAUUCCCCACAUCAGAGGGCGAGUUCUAGGUCGAUCAGAGGACAAUUUUCGCCUCAAGCAAGUUGAAUUGUGGAACUGCUAAUUUGGAGCUUGGGCUUGCUGAACAGUCUUCUAGACGG